CUGAUUCAGUAGCGCACCUCACAUGCACACAAUGGAACAAGGUGUUGACGACAGUGGCAGAGAUCAAGACGCCGGAAAUGGUGAGAAUUUAUUGGAGGCGGAGACUCGUGCGCCCUCCCUCCCCGGGUACCUACCAUGGGAACAAGAUCUCCAGAUGGUAUCUACAUUUCUAGACAAGAAGGAGGACCUGAAGGACAGUUAUCACGAGUACAUGAGGCAGAACCCUGAGCUGAGGGCAAUGCUAGCAGACUUCAUGCAAGCACUCCUGAUACAGAAACCCGAUGACGUCUAUGAGUUUGCUCGAGACUUCUUUGCUCCCUUUGCAAAAGACGCCGUACCAAAACCUUCUUACCCAUCUCAUCAUGUUUGACCAUCACAGUGUCUAUUUUCGGA